AUGAAUAAUAAUAAGAACCAGAUUGGUGAUAUCGGAUCAUCACAAGCUUCAGUAAACUCAAACUGGAAUUUCAUACCAGAAGAUGAACUUAAAGAACAACUCAGAAAGUUUAAAUACACAUAUGUCGAAGCAAUAAAUAAACUUAUAAAGUUUGAUAAACAGAGAAUAUUCAGAUUCCCAGUGGAUACGAAUAUUGUCACGGAUUAUUACAAAUAUAUUAAACAUCCGAUGGAUUUUGAAACAAUGUUAAAUAAAAAUGAUGAACAAGUGUAUAAAGAUGAUAUCAGAGUUUUCGACAAUGAUGUAAAGCUGAUAAUUGAAAACUGCAAAACAUACAACUCACCAGAUACAGUAUUUUACGAAGCGGCAGUAAAGCUCGAGGAGUUUUAUAACAGAAUGAGGCCGAUUUUGACUAAAAGAAUUAACACAAUUUGUAAUCUACUCAAUAGAAAGAUCCUUUCAAACACCAAAUCGAGGAACAAACCAAUAAUUCAAAGAGGUUUAACACCACCAUUACAGAGUACCUCUUCACGCUCUUUUGAGAUUCCAGUAACUAACCUGGGUAAAUCUGAAACAUCUUUACUAUCUUUCCCGUCAACAGAGUCAAUAUCAUCUCAAGACGCAAAGGCAGAAUAUGUCGAUAUUUCUACACUUCCCAUAAUUAAGAGGAAGAGAAAGAAGGGAGACCUCCUUAAACAAAGACCCUCAACUAAUUUAAAUGAACUCAUUGACCCACUGUCAACUGUAAUCCAGUUGGCACUUACAGUUUCUCGACUCAGUAACGAGACUUUUGGGAAACUAAUGUCCAAUUUUAAUGGUCUUCCAAGGCUUUUAAACUCACUAGAUGUGGCGCACCACCAACUCUCACUCACCAAUUACACCGGGGGUAACUGGGACAGGAAAUCCCUUAACAGGCUAAAACGAGUAAUUAACAACUUUGAAUGGAAGAGGAGUUUUGAUUUUCAAAUGCCGAAUGGCAGGAAUCAUCUGUAUCAGAAGAUUCAGCUACUACUUGGGAGGAUCCAGAGGAACAGUUACAAACGCACUGUUGAGAAGUUCAUAGGCGCUGAAAACUUAAAACUUAUCAACCAAGUUAUUCCUAACCUCUCCAAUACUCUUAAUGAGCUCUCCUUGCCUUAUCAAAUGCUCUUUAAUGAUUAUGAUCUUAGAUUUUAA